UGUCUCCUUUGUGUUGUCAGGCAGAAAGGCACACCAUUCAGGGUGGCGUGUGUCUUGAUUUACAGGCACCCCCCAUCGGCGACAGGAUUAAAACUUGCGAUAUUGUUGUAAAGCAGUACGGUGUCAUCCAUCAUUUUUCUGCGUUUUAAAAAAAAUGUCGGUCGGAGUGGAGUCCGGAUUCUCGAGCGAGGAGGUUUUAAACAGCCGCUUCCCUCUCCAUCGCGCCUGCAGGGAUGGAGAUGUCGGCGCCUUGUGCUCCCUCCUUCAGUGCACCUCAAACCCGGCUGACCUCACCGUGGAGGACACCUUCUACGGCUGGACGCCCAUACACUGGGCCGCUCAUUUCGGGAAGUUGGAGUGUGUAAUGCGUCUGGUUCAGGUGGGCUGUGGUGUGAAUGCGAUGACCUCCAGGUUUGCACAGACGCCCACUCAUAUUGCUGCUUUUGGGGGCCACCCUGAGUGCUUGUUAUGGCUACUCCAAGCCGGUGCAGAAAUUAACAGACAGGACUAUGUGGGCGAGACGCCCAUCCACAAGGCUGCUCGUGCGGGCAGUCUGGAGUGCAUCAACGCUCUCUUGAUUCAGGGAGCGAAAGCUGAUAUGAGGAAUGCCAGUGGGCUGACCGCUGCCGACCUGGCCCACGCCCAGGGGUUCCAGGAGUGCGCCAGGAUUCUCUCCAAUGCCCAGAACUUCCAACAAAACAUGGCUCAGUCCCAUACGGGGGCCUUUCUGAAUGGCAUGACCCAGAACAGGGGCCACACUCACCCCAACAUCCAGGGUCGCAGCUUCUUAAAUGGCACUCCCAACAGAAAGAGGUCUUUUGAUGACAUGGAAGCCAACCCAGUGAAGAAAGCUCGACCUAAUGGUCUGGGAAUGCCACCAGAAUUGCUGAAUGGGAAUGGGCCACUGGGUGGUGCUAGAGAGGCCCAGAUGGAAAGCAUGAGCAUGGAGUUGGCAUCAACUGUUACCUCAGUGGCAGGAGAGAGACCUUUUGAGGAUUUCCCCUCACAUGGUCACAAUAAACCACAGCUUCCAUUUGGGUGUGAACCAGCAGCAGAAAUCCUCCACGGGCAGAUCGGCUACUGUGACUCUUCAGACCACAGCACUGCAGGCAGCCAGAUGGAGCACCAGAAGUCAGUAAAAGCAGAGCAGCUGUAUGACCAUGCCCUCUUCAGCACCUUGCUUCUGUACCAUGGAUCAUAAAGUGCAAAGGGAGUCAGUUGAUGAGAACCCAGUUGUUUUGUCUGAAUCUCAUGUACGGCUUAUCAAUAAUUAAUUUGCCUUAAACCCAUUGAAUGGUCCAGUUAUUCAUUCAUUGAAAUUUCCAUUUUUUUGUUGCAAAGGGCAGGCCCAUUGUUAUGGAUAGAUUUGAAUGUGUAACUGAUAAAAGAUCUUUGUGUUUAAAGAAUGUGUUAAGUGUUCAAACGUUUUGUAAGGCUGUAAAUAGCUUUGUUUUGUUACACACUAAAGUCAUCAUCUGUGUUGAACUACUACCAAUACUUAAAUUUUGUUAGUCUUAACUAGAUAUUAAUUAGAAAACAAACAA